GAAGUCACUCUAUUGAUUUUUUUUUAAGAAAAGGAUCCAGCAUCUGGAUGGCUGUAGUUUGCACUCCUCCUUUGUCGCUUCCCUUGCACUAUGAUGCAUCAUUCAAAGUUGAUGUACGCCUGCAUGAACCUCUAUUAUCAAGGGAUGUAACACCUAUAGACACAGAGAUUGAAAUGAUGUCACUUUGCUCUCAGUUGGAUAUUUUGUGUCAUAAGGAACUGAAGGAGCAGCCUAAAGAGAAGAUAGAACAAGGAAGAUUCAGUAAUUCUUUUACAAAUAAAGCUGCAGUAGUACAGGACAGAAUGAAUCAAGUUUUACACAAGAAUGUACAAACCCGAAUGUUGGUAAAUGAAUACUUGGCAGCAAAGGGUUUAGAUAGAUUAUUUCCUAGAGCAUCAGCUUUUAUUUCAUCACCAGUCAAUCUUGUUUAUUUAAAUGACAAAACAAGUCUUGAUGAAUACUACACAGAUAUAUCUAGCUUGAAUCAACUAAAAUACCUUGCACAUCAGAUAAAUUCUGAUCUAAGCAACUUAUCUGAGCACAAAUACAUUGCUCACCAGAUCUCAAUAUUAUAUCAAUCGGUUAAUAAUAUUAACAACACAUACCUUGAUCCAUACAAGAAAAGUAUAGAGGAGAAUUUUAAAUCAGUGAAGACAACACUCAAUGAGGAGCAUAAGGAUGGUACAAGGAAAUUACUACCAGAACAAAAAGAAUGGUUAUUACAAUUAACCAGUGGAAUAGCUAAUUUGAUUUCAAGGUUUCCCAUAGAAUUAACUCAAGAAAUGGUACAACCUGCCUUAGUUUUACAACAGCAAUCCUAACAUUGGAAACAAAAAGUCAAGAACAAUGUUAUUAUGGACCACAUAUGUAAUCAUGAAAUAUAUCCAUCACAAAUGCAUCGAAAAGUCUUUUUAUAUUCCUUAGGGAAUAAAAAGUAUACAGCUUUCAUUGUAUUUCCUUUAUAUUUUUUCACACUUUGACUGUUUAUUAGAAUAGGUGUUUUGCAAUUUUCAAAAUAUUUUUUUAGUUUUCCAUAAGUAUCAUAUACAUACUCUCAAAGACACUGAACCAUUGUGGUUUUCUAUUAUCUUAUGAAAACCCAAAGUAUGAAAACUUGCUUGGCUGUCAAAUAUAUCUACAAUAAUUUAUUGUGCAAUAGUGUAUUCUUUUUAUUUUUCACCUUUGUAACUAAGAUUUUAGGUACAUGUUUUGUUGUGUUUUAUAACAUAUGUCUUACUGAAGUAAGAUAUAUGUAGAAGUUUGGUGCAUAUUGAAUUCAGAGCAUGAAUUCAUCUAAAAAUGUAGGCUGAAUUUUUUGAAAAUGUUUCACAUUAGGUGACCUACAGUUGCUAACUUCUACACCAUUUUGUCUCGUGUGGAUUGUUGUUUUAUUGGCAAUAAUACCACAUCUUUUUAUUUUAUAUUUAUUGAAAUCUAAGAGCACCAUUUUCUUUGAUUUGUGAACUUACUAGUAACAGCUUAUAUCCAGUUAUUGCAUUACUUUUGUUUACAGGAAAACAGCUUUUUUUGCAUAUUUCAUAUUUUUUAAUCUCUUUUUUUUGCAUUCUGAUAGUUGAAUAACAGUUUCUCUAAUUCUUUAGCAGAUUUAUCCUUUUCCUGACCUGAUGAUUAUAUUUGCUUAAUCAACGUGUGGUUUGUUUGAUCUCAAUUUUUCAUUGGUCAAAAUUCAAUUAUUAAGUAAAAUGUUCUUGCUUUCCUCUGAUUUUCCUAUUGUGACAUAAAAAAAAAGGUGACCAUGCCUGAUGACUUUACAAAGAAAGAACACAUCUAUUUGAAGAUCAUUGGAAACCAAGGAUGUAUAUCCUCUAAAAAUCAUUAGAGAAACAGAUUCUACCACCAAAAUUUGUGCAAUACUAUAUUUCUCCACUCGCGACAGUUAAAUUCUAAAUAUUUAACUGUCGAGUGGAGAAAUAUCGUAUCACACUUGAUGCAGUGGUAGAAUACAUAUUUAUGGAUGUUUUAUGACACAGCAAUUAAUUGUAGAAAUCAGUUUGUCUUGUAGAGGUAUAAAUGAGGGGGAGAUAGAUGUGUUUUGUUCAUUGUUGAAGGCUGUACUGUGACCUAUAGUUGUUUACUUCUGUGUCAUUUGGUUUCAGGUGGAGAAUUGUCUCAUUGGCAAUCAUACCACAUCUUCUUAUUUUUAUAGUUAAUGUUUAAAUCAAUGUUAAAUGAUUAUUCACUUCAAUUUAGAAACAGUUAUUUUAAAUUUCACCCUAUUGUUAUCAGUAUGAAAUAAGGAAACAAGUAUAAGCUGAAUGACUGAUUUAUGUUUCAAAUGAAAACAGGAUGCUCAAGAAGAUGGGUAGUAGGUAUUCUUAUUUUCUCUAAAUUUAUCACUUCAUCAUUUUUAUAUAUUAAUGUAUCAUAUUUACAUAUUCCAUAAUAUUUGAAAAGAUCUUUCUUAAAUUUUAACAUUUUUGUCUAUGCUCAUUAUAACUUUGUAAUAUUAAUAUAGUAAAUGUCUGAUGAUUUGUUGACAAUUAUCUUUGGAAAUCAAAGACAAACAUUUAAUAUAGCGUGAUACUUUCAUUGUAAGCUAUGUGAAAAUUUUUGAUUCUAUUUGUAAUUGUAAGCUUGCCACAAAUUAUUGAAAUAUUGAGAAUUAAUAAUUUGUGUGUUUAUAUAAUAUGUAAAAACUAUAUAUAUAUGUUAGUAUGACACAAUUGCCACUGUCCAAUCUGUAUGUCAUCAUUAUACACUAAUUAACCCAAAAAAUCAACCCCAACCCUGCAUUCAUAUGAACGGAACAAAUGUAAGUCAUUAUUAAAAAUUUAGAUCAAUUCCUGCAGACAUACCGAAAAAAAGUAUAUACAAACUCUUUGAUUUGAGAAUAACAUAUUGACAGACAAGGGUAACACUAUAUGCCCAGGCCACUUUCAGGUUGGGGAGGGGCACAUACAAAUCAGUGUCUUGACAGAUUUGUGUCAAAAAGCAUUGCAAAACAGAAAUUUUGGAUGUUGAAAAUAAUUUUAUGAUAUAAUUGUAGAAAUUUAUGUUUUUUUUUGUUUUGUUGUAUUGUGAUUUUUAUUUUAUUUUUAAAAGCUCAAAGUAGUAAGAAACACAAGCUACAAUUCAAAAUAAUAUACAAAUUUAUUAUAACAGUCUAAAGCUCCAAUGUUUAUAUGGCAAUUGUCAUCAUGAUCAUACUGUAUGUUUAUAUAUUUAUUAUUUGGUGCAUCUAUUGGUAACAGCUAGUAACUGUUUUGGGGAUAUUUUUGUUUGUUUUUGUUUGUGAAUAAAAUGAUUUGUUUA